GUUCCUCAGAAAGAGAGAGUGUUUACCAAAUCUUGACACUUUCUCCAGGAAUCAAUUCUUUCGUGUUGCUCGAAACAAACACUUUUGUGUUCGAGUUUAUAUCUCAUAAUUCAGAAUUUCAGACAACAAAAGGAGAACGGUUUUAUUUCAAACUCCUGUUUUUGUGAACUGGUCUUAUCCACACCCUGAUUAUAGAUGUAUGCUGAUGAUUUGAGUUGUCUUGUAUACAGCCAGAAGAGAAAUGGAAGGAAGCUGCCAAAGGAAGUGUUUUUCUGCCAUAUCACCCUGAUGUUAUCGCUCUUCUAAAAAACCUGAACUUUGCAUUGAGAAACCACGAGAAAACCACUGAGGCUCCAACAGCAUGUGCUCUACUCCGACUAGCUACAGAUCUACAGAAUUCAUAUCCAUGAGCUCCUAGAUGUCUUUGGCUGCUGAGGUUGUUUCAGGCUUUUUUCUUCUAAAAUCACUUCACCUUGUUCUUUAAGAUGAGAAGAUGAACUGCAGGAGAUCUGUGUGCAUCUUUAUCUGUGUCUUCUGCUUCUGCUCUGCUUUGGGAGACGCAAAGCACACUUUCAGCAUUCAAGAGCUGACGGUGAGUCCGAAAGAUCUGAAGGGUUGUGGGGAGAAAAAUAAGCUUUGUGUGAAGCUAGAUGACGAUUGUCUCUCCAUAUCAUCAGACGGAGCUCCUCAAGUCCCCAGAACACCUGAGAACUUCCUGAACACAUCAUGCCACUAUCUGAUCCAAGAGGAGUCGUUGACCUGCAGAUGGAUUCAGACAAACCACAUCAGAUCACAAACCACCAACAGCUUCAUUCUAAGCCAAGCUAAGUAUUUCUGCUACCCUACAACUAUUUUAAAUAUAUAUUCAACUUUCAAUUUAACCAUCAAAACAAAGAAUGUCAUCAGCCUGAAAGAGCAGUUCUCUGAUGUCAUUCUGGUCCGCAUUCAGGAUAUAAUCAAGGCUCCUCGGCCGCUGAUCACGUUUGUUAACGUCACUGAUUCGUCAAUCAACAUCACAUGGACCACAGGGAAAGAACCAGUCACUAAAUGCAAAAUCCGUUACAAAUGUAUCAACACAGAGUCAUGGACCGAGACUGCAGAUUUGCCGUCCUCAGUCGAGUCUUGGUUCGUGAUCGAGGGUUUACAGGCCUUCAGUGAAUAUCGUCUGAGAGUCUCCUGCUCUCACAGAUUGGGACGAUGGAGCGACUGGAGCGACGAGACUCGAGUGAAGACGUCAGAGAGCCUGCCGUCUGCUGCUCCCUCUCUCAGUUAUUAUGUGGAUUCAGAUGAAAACUCCAGGAUUCGGCAGCUGGUGCUUCUCUGGAAGGCUCUGGAUGUCAAAGAUGCUCGAGGGCUCAUUCGAGGAUAUGAAGUGUCCUACAAGCCCAUCAGACAACCCUCUCUGAAGAAAACCAUCAACACCACUCAUCUCAAGGUGAUUGUUCCUGUAAGGUCAGAGGAGUAUGAGGUCUCUGUUUGUGCCUUUAACAGCGUGGGAUGCUCAGCGCACCGCAGGAUCACACUCGACGCAUCUCGUAGUCACGGUACUCACGAUGUGCCGGCGGUGAAGAGUCUCUGGGUUUAUUCUGACGAUUUUUCGCUGUGGGUCUCCUGGGAACACGAGUUCACCGCGGCAAACGUCAGCGAGUUCGCCAUCGAAUGGAGCGCUAUGACCGACCGUGAGCACAGACGCUGGGAGCGAGUCCCCGGAUCCACCUUCACUGUCUGUCUGCCAGGCAUUGAAGCGAAGCAGACGUACAUCAUCAGUGUGUUUCCUGUCUACGGGUCUCUCUGCGGGCCGCCGGCCUCCAUCUCUGCUGAUCUACAACACGGCGCUCUGUUGGAUCUGGUCCGGUUUCGACUGCUGUACGUGUCGAGCUCGUCUGUGGCGGUGCAGUGGACCUGGCAGGAGGCCGAGCCCAGCGUUAGUGUGCUUCAGUACAGACUCGUGUUGAACGGGCCGCUCGAGACUCAGACUCUCACAGUGUUUCCUAACAAAGAGCAGCACCUGUUCCUUCAGCUCCAUCCAAACACCAGAUACUCGAUCCACGUUCAGGGAGAAACCACAGCCGGGAACUUCUCAAAGGCCAGUCUGGACAUCAGCACACCUCUUCUGGAUUAUGACGAGAUGCUAAGCUUCGCCGUUCCAGUGCUUCUCCUGCUUCUCGUUGUUGGGAUUUUCUCAAUUUUGACAAGGACCAUGUGCAGGGAAUAUUUCUUCCCCUUCAUCGCCAAUCCGAGGUACAGUCUGAUUGGACGCUGGCUGCUCGACCCUCAGCUUCAGGGCACCGGCUCGAUCUACACGCUGAAGCUGGACCAUGUGUUUCUGCCGGAGAAGAGCAUCAUACAGCUGGAGCACUGCAGCUCUUUAUCAGAUCAGGAAGACGUGAUUCCUCUGAAGAUCUGUGCGAGCGCUGAACACACAGCUGUGGAAAACACUCUGGCUUCGUCAGGUCUGCCCGAGUACGUAGAUUCACCCUCAUUACCCGAGAGCUCAGGUUAUGUUCAGACUGGAUGAGAGAACCUCAGACUGAAACCUGCACGGAGCUCACGUGAAGCUGGAGAUGCGCUGUUUAACGUCUCAGAACGACUCGUCCACGGGUUCUGAAUUCAUUCAAAAAAUAUGAAUUUUUUUUAAGGGAAUAAAACUUUGAAAAUGCUCGAAGAACCUCAAAAUACACUUUUUUAGACAAUUUUUGACAGAUAUAACACUUUUUUAUGUUCAGGUCAUUUUUGACUCGGGUAAGUAUGGAAAACCAUUAGGUGUCGAAAAUAUUUUUUGUGAAAUUGUCUAUGAAAUUAUAAUAUCAAAAAACUUUUUAUUGUCAAAAAUAUUUUGCCUUUUGCCCAAAAUAAAACACACUUUUGUUUUAUAA